CAUCUGUCCAUAGAGAUUAGCAGAGAUGUGUCUGUCUUGUCUCAUGUAUCAAGUUGCCAAUCUGACUGCAGAGGAAGUCUUCGCUCAAAUAUCUGUUUUCCAGAUAUCUGCUGGCUACACCAGAAGCCCUCAAAUACUGACCACUGCCCACAGAGGCCGAAUCAUUGACACUGUAAAAUCAUUUUAAAAACUGUUUUCAGUGAGUUUUAGUCCUGCUGCCUUUCAAAAAUCUUUGCUCGUCUCUUCUUUUUUUUUUGCCUUCUUAUGUAACACAAAAGUUACAAAGACGAUGAUGACCACCACUGUGAAUCAGUAGCAGCGGACAUAAUAGUUUAAUAUGAGAUAAUAAGUUGACACAGUCCAAACAGCAAUGAGAGCAGUGCAUGGGGUGCAGACUGUAUAUCAAGGUCAUGUUUGCCCAGGGGAGGAACCAGUGCUCUUAGCUGGGAGCAGGCAUAGAGCAUGAUGGGAUACUAUAUUAAGAAGCUGCUAAAAUAACUGCUAAUAUAACGGCACAUCAGAAAAGAGUGUCUCAGGCACAAAGGAUCGAUGUUACUUUCUUGCAGAGUUCAGAACAGGGACCAAAUGCAUCCCAUUUAUGUGUGUCAGUGUAUUGUGGACUGUGUUAAGACUGUGAGAGGUCUGUCUUUCAUGUUCCUAAUAACAGUGCUUGAGUGAACUGCAUGAACAACGCUCAUUAAUGUGCGCCAUGACUGUCGUCGUUCAAUCUGGGGCUUCUCCUGCCAUUUAGAAUCACACUAACAUUAAGCUGCCAGAGUCUGACUCCUUCAUCUUGACUCUGUCUUGAGCUUUCAAUCGGAUCACACAAAGUUUGCAAAGUCAGAUCUCUCUGAUGAAAAUCAUGUGAUAUGAUUGAAAUCACCUGAAUCGGCUUCACAUGAAGCAUAACUUCUACUAUUUAUGCGGUUAUGUGGAGCAGAAUAUGCAUACAGCUCUGUGGAUACACUCACACAAACAUAGAGUCGUGCAUAUUUAAAAGACAAAUAACCAAACAGAAGCAGACACAUAUGUAACUACUGAAACGAGCAAAGCAAGAUGAAACACAUAAACUCUGUGUGUGUGUGUGUGUGUGUGUGUGUGUGUGUUUUGAUUUACAUGUACCUCACCUUUAAAUCUCUUUUUCAUAAUAAUAUAGUGAUAAUAACACAUAAUAAUAGGCUGAGGGACUCAAAGUCAAAUCUACAUCAGCUCUCUUUAGCUGGUUUGUCUCUUGUCUUUAUGCAUUCAGACACUCAUCUUGUGUCAAAGUGUUUGAAAAGUCGUCAUAACGCUGUUUGUUUGGCUCGUUCUGAGACUGGAGGUCACCGUCCUGCAGUCCUGUUAUCCACCACAGCACAGUGUUCAUGCUGCCGGUCCAAUAUGCAGUCCAAUACUGCAGCCUUUUGACGGAGAGCGCGCUUCCAAAUUUACCCUCCCGCUGCGCUCGCUCCCUGGUACCUUAAAAAAAAGCGCGUGCACGGCUGAAGGUCACUUAAACACAAAAGGCUUUCAGCGCUGCGGUCCAAUAUAGCGCAUGCGCGCUGCCGGAGGACUGCUUCACAGACCGCAAUAUGGCGAGAAUGCCUGCCAGCGGAGACACGGAGCGGGAGCAGAUGAGCUGCCCCGAGAGGAGCAGGGAUGAGGAGAAUGAGGAGGAAGAUGAAGAUGAGAUCCAGGAGGUCCAGAUCACCGGGGAGGAGGAGGAUGAGGAGUCCGAUAGAGAUGCUAUGGAGCUGGAGUGGGAGUCAGGGAGUACAGUGCUGGACUCCAGCGGCUCCACCGCGGAGACACGAGCGGUCGUUAUGCGGAGUAUGGACCGAGGAGAGGAGGAGGGAGAGGCGGACCCCUUCAGCGGCAGCAUCCCCGCCGGGCUGGAGUCUCACCUGGAGGGAGAGCUCCAGCGGUCAGAGCGGAACAGGCUGAGCGAGAACACCCGCCUGGCCACCCGGUAUGCAGUGAGGAUCUUCAGGGAGUACCUGAGUGAGAAAGCCCAAAGUCCAGACUUUGAAACUCUGGACAAGGAGGCGCUCUGCGCUGUGCUGCGCUCCUUUUACGCGGAGGCGCGCUCCAAAAGUGGACAGUUGUACAGCAAGUCGUCCCUCAUCAGCAUCCGGAGCUCACUGAACCGGUACCUGAACGAGCCGCCCUACUGCCGCACCUUAGACCUCACCAAGGACCCAGAGCUGCGCAGCGCUAACCUGACCCUGGCCGCGGUCAUAAGGAGGCUGGAGGAGCAGGGAGCCGGUCCCGUGGUGCAGAAACAAGCCAUCACGCGCUCGGACCUGCGGAAACUGUACGAGUCCUCCGUGUUCAACACCGACACUCCGUUCGGACUGCUCAACAAAGUCUGGUUCGAGACCUGUAUGUAUUUCUGCACCAGGGGCCGGGAGAACCAGCGGGAACUGGAGGAGGACUCGUUCGGCCUGGCAGUGGAUGAGGACGGGAGAAAGUUUGUGUAUUUUAAAGCUCUCGGACCGUACCACAAGUCCCGCUCCGCCGCCUGGACCAAGAAGCGUCCGGACGCAGACGAGGACACUUUGCCGCGGAUGUACGAGACUGGCACGGAGCAGUGCCCGUACGCCAGUUUCGUCCGGUACGUGUCGAAACGGAACCCCCUGUGCAGGGCGUUCUUCCAGCGUCCCCGGGACCACUGCUGCGCGAGCGACGUGACGUGGUACGAGAACAAAGCCAUCGGUAAGAACCUGUUGGGCACGAGGAUGCAGAUGUUGUCGCGCGCUGCCAAGCUCUCCAAGACCUACACCAACCACUGCAUCGGUGCCGUCUCCAUAGCAACGCUCAACAGCAUCGUGGGCGCCGCGGGCUCCAGGCCGACGACGACGACGCUUUACGUUGCCUCGGAAACGGUCAACGGUCACACGCAGUCCCACCUCCAGCUCGUGAUCCCGUACCUCCGCCGGGUAACCGACUCCGCAGAUCUGAAGCCGCAGCUGACAAUGGCAGCAACGACAAUAAACACGUCAGCGACAACAACAACAACAGCGAGCAGAGCCAGCUCUGAGGAAGACCCGGACCCGGGGGCUCCUUUCGCCAAGAAGCUGUGCGUGCGCCCCGGGACUCGCGCGGAGUCGCCUCUUGAGCGGAAAGAGAGCGAGACGGCGCCCACGAGAGCCAAGGAGUCCCAUAUUCACACACAGCCCGCCGUCCGGUCCCCGGUCGUUGUGGCCACACAGGACAGUCGUGGCAGCAGCAGCAGCAGUAUGUCCAGUCAGCAGGUCGUCUCUGUGUCUCCUGUGUCUCCUCUGGGCUCCGCUGGGAUCCCCACACCGGCCAAGCUCAACAAAACCAAUGCACCUGUCCACAUCGAUGUAGGAGGACACAUGUACACCAGCAGCCUGGGCACCCUCACCAAGUACCCUGAGUCACGGAUCGGUCGUCUAUUUGAUGGAACCGAGCCCAUCGUGUUGGACAGCCUGAAGCAGCACUACUUCAUCGAUCGUGACGGACCCAUGUUCCGCUACAUACUCAACUUCCUCCGGACCUCCAAGCUCCUCAUCCCUGAUGACUUCAAAGACUACUCUCUGCUGUAUGAAGAGGCCACUUUCUUCCAGUUGGCUCCACUGCAGGCUGAGCUGGAGCGCUGGAGGACUGAGCGGGAGUGCGGGGGUGUGUGUCUGGAGUGUGAGUGUGUUGUGAUUCAUGUGGCUCCGGAACUUGGUGAGAGGAUCAGCGUGAGCGCCCAGCGGGCCGUGAUCGAGGAGGUUUUCCCCGAGGUGAGAGACGUCACGUCCAAUUCCCUGAACACCAGCUGGAACCAGGACUCCACACACAUCAUUCGUUUCCCGCUCAACGGCUACUGCCACCUCAACUCUGUGCAGGUGUUGGAGCGGUUACAGCAGAGAGGGUUCUGGAUCACAUGCUCGUGCGGCGGUGGAGUGGACUCUUCCCAGUUUAGUGAAUACAUUCUACGGAGGGAGGGCCGGGCCGGCCGGCACCCACCCAACCUCAUCCGGAUCAAACAGGAAGUCAUGGACUGAGCUCGCUGACAUUUCCAUUUUUGCACGACACAAACACACAGACUGGGAUUAGUGAGUUAGUGUGUAUCAGUUUUUGAUACUUUACUUACAGUUGCCACAUUCAUAUCAGACAGUGGUACCACUACAGUAAAAAAAAAAAAAAAA